UACCUUUAAGCCGGGGCUGCAUGUACCUAGGUUAUCUCCAACCUAGAGUUCUAAGGAGGGUUUUAGUGGUGAAGAAAAAGAAAAUCAGAUUAUUAAACAAAAAAUGAUAAGAGAGCCUCUUAUAUAGCAUACUCGUUUAUGGUAUAACUGCCGGUACGUGUCAAGGAUUCCUUGGCCGAACAAAAAAAUAGAAGAAGCGAAAAAGUUUUGUGGCGACAAUCAAAUUUUCUUUCUUUCUUUCUUUCUUUCAUCUCUCUCUCGAUGGAAGUCCAUAAUUGACAAAGGAAUGAGAAGGAAUCGCUAUGGAAUCAGAGGAGAUUGGGGUCGGAGGAGAUCCGAAGCGGAGGAGAUUGUAUUCCUCUCUGGGAUUCCGAUGGAUUCACAGCAACCAUUGCUGAUGCUCUAAAUCCUAGCCCUGGUUCCCCUCUUCGCAAACUAGAAGAACAGAUCCAGCUUCCUUUGGAUAAGUAUGGCGUCCGAGAUGAUGUCGGAACCACGGCAUUAUUGUUCACUUCGUCGACGAAAAUGGUGUUUAUCAGUUGGUUGUUCCAGCGGUGAAGUCACCUUGUGGGAAGUUAGAUCUAGGGAGAAGGUUGUCACAGAGCCUUUCAAGAUAUGGAAUAUGGAAGCUUGUUGUGUGAACUUCCAGGGUUCUAUUGUCAAGGACCCAUCAAUAUCUGUUAGUCGUGUAUCAUGGAGUCCAGAUGGAAAUUUGAUUGGGGUUGCGUUUACUAAACAUCUGAUCCAUAUAUAUGCUUACCAUGGAUCUGAAUUACGUCAACACCUAGAGCCAUGCCUAUUCCCUUUUCUAUAGGUUAACAUUUUUAUGGAAUCUGCAAAAAGUGAAUAAAUAGUUUGUAUAGAUGGAAUCUGCAGAAAGUGAAUAUAUCUUCUCAUACAAUUUUGUAAACAUAUAUGUCAAAUGUAAUAAUUUCAUAUUCUAGUUUAAA